CCCGCUCCCCCCGCCGAAGCGGGGGAUGCUAAAGCCGAAGGUGCCGCCGCCCCCAAGGACACCCCGAAGAAGAAGAAGAAGUUUUCCUUCAAGAAAUCCUUCAAGCUGAGCGGAAUUUCAUUUAGGAAGAACAAGAAAGAAGCCGGGGACUCCUCUGGGUCCUCUCCCUCGGAGGACCAAGGCAAGGCAGAGGCCAAGGGAGAGGAGAAUCCCGCUCGCUCGGCCAGCGGGACGGAGCCAACUGACAACGCUCUCUAA